AUGGCCUAUACCUAUAGUGCCUUAGGACAUCUUUGCUUUGCACAAAAUCAAUUUCAACAUGCAUUAAUCAUACAAAAUAACCUAGCUGCAGCAAAUGAACAUCAUAGCAUUGAUGAUGUUUAUUUUUCAAAAGAUAAAUACGAUGAAGAUCCUAUAAUAUACCAAAAAUAUUUGAACUUGAGACUCGAUAUAUUAGGAUUUAAAGAAUUUUAUGAUCCAUGCUCUUAUUUAGGCAUUGGCGAUGCCUAUCGCUAUGAGGAAGAAUACGAAGAGACGUUAUCAUUACAUCGAAAACUAGAAAUAUUAGGAUAUACUUAUUUACUCAUGGCGUCUUCCUAUCUUGCUAUAGGCAAGGUCUAUACUUUACAGUGUAAAUAUAAAGAUGCCUUAGUGAUAUUUAAAAAGUGCCUAAAAAUUAGAUCGGAAAUAUUAGGAAGCAAGAAUUUGAAGGCGGCUAAUUUACUCUUACUAAUUGGCUUAAUCUACUCAGGCAUGGAUGAUGGUAGUUUACGAGCAGUAUUGGCCUAUUUUGGCAUUGGAGACAUCUAUGGCGAGCAAAGAAGAAAUGAUGAAGCAAUGCAAAUGUAUCAAAAAUGCCUUAAAAUUAGCUCUAAGUUGUUAGGAAUGGGUCAAGUUUAUUGUCAUCUAAAAUAUUACCAAAAAGCAAUGUCCAUUUUGCGAGAAAGUCUAACAAUUUGGAUUGAAGUUUUGGGCCAUAUUAAUAUAGCUGUAUCGGAGAUUUAUUUUGCCAUGGGCAACAUUUAUUUAAAACGCGAUAAAUAUUACGAUGCUUUUAUCAUGUUUAAUAAGUCCUUAAAUAUGAUAACAUCAAUCCUAGGUAGUAGUAAUAGUUACGUUGCAAAUGCAUAUUCAGGCAUAGGUAAUGUCUAUUACUCUCAGGGUAAAUGCGAUGAUGCCUUAAAUUAUUUCCCAAAAUCUUUAAAAAUAACUCUCGAAUUAUUUGGAAAUACGAGCUUGCCUGUGGUUGAUUCACAUCAUUCCAUGGGCGAUGCCCUUUUUUCGCAACUUCAGCAUGCUGAAGCUCUAAGUAUUUAUCAAAAAUUACUGACUACUCGAUUAAAAAUUUAUGCUACGAAUAACGUUUAUACCUGCCCUAUAUACUACGCGAUUGGUGAUGUUUAUUAUAUGCAAGCACGCUAUAGUGAUGCUUUAGCCAUGUAUCAAGAAUCGCUCUGUAUUGUUAUGAAUAUUAUAGGUGAAAACGACUUACUUAUAAGUGAUUUAUGUCAUUGCUUAGCCAAAACUUACGAAAAACAGUAUCAAUACUUCGAAGCACUGGCUAAUUUUAAUCUAUCAUUAGAAAUUCGUUUACAAGUCUUAAGUAGUAGUCAUGCAGAUUUUGUAAAUUCUUAUUAUUACGUUGGAGAUAUCUACACUCUAAUGUAUAUGCACGAACAAGCAAUUCCAACGUACCAAAACUGUCUUACAUGUCGGUUAGAGUUGUUAGGAAAUAAUAAUCUUGUUGUUUCUUGGAUAUACUCUCGCAUAGCUUAUGUCUACUUGAGGCAAGAGAGGUAUGCUGAUUCGAUAGUUAUGCAUCAGAAACCUUUAAAGAUUCAAAUAUUAUUGCUUGGAGAAGAUAAAUUACAGGUUUCUUAUGCAUAUUGCGCAUUUGUUAAUGAUUAUCUUAAGCAAGAAAACUAUCACGAUGCUUUAGCUAUGUAUAAAAAAUCGUUGAGAAUUAGACUGAAUUUAUUAGAUGAAGAAAAUCUGGACAUUGCUAAUUGCUAUCUUGCAAUUGGUCAUAUCUAUUUCAAACAAGAUGAAUUGAAUCAUGCCAUGAGUUUCUAUCCAAAAUCGUUGGAUAUCAGACAAAGUCUGUUGAAUAAAAGGGAUAUCAGAGUUGCAGUAGCUUAUCAAGCAAUUGGGAAUGCUUACAAGAGACAAGAAAACAUGCUGAUGCUUUAUUCUACCUUCAAAAAUCGCUGGAUAUUCGAUUGA